GGGCGGACAUGGAGGAGCUGAGCGCCGUGGGAGAGCAGGUCUUCGAUGCUGAAUGCAUCCUCAACAAGCGGCUCAGGAAGGGAAAGUUGGAGUUUCUGGUGAAGUGGAGGGGAUGGUCGUCCAAACACAAUAGCUGGGAACCCCAGGAAAACAUCCUUGACCCAAGACUGUUGGCUGCCUUCAACAAGAAAGAGCAAGAAAAAGAGCUUCUGCUGCGUAAGAGAGGGAAAAGACCGAGAGGAAGACCGCGGAAAAUCGUGGAAAACAUGCCUGAAGCAUCACAGUCUGCCAGUUCCUCAUCUGGCUCAUCAUCGUCAUCAUCUGACUCAUCAUCUUCAUGUUCUUCCUCCUCAUCCUCAUCCGAUGAUGAUGAUGAUGACGACAACGAUGACAAUGACAACAGCGGUAAUGUCAAACAGCCAGGUCCACUUGUCAGAACACGAGAGCUUCAUCCCGUCCCUCAAAAGAAGGCGCAGAUAGUGAUUGCCAAACAAGAGCCCCCAAAGAAGCGAGGUAGAAAACCCCUGUCCCCUGAGCUGAAGGCGUUCCAGUCAAAGAAGAGCCCUCGCAAGAUCCUAAAGACUGCCGCCAAAGACCCCACUACAGACCUUCAAGGAGCAAUUAAGAAACCUGUUCACCCAGCCAGCUUUACUUUCAUGGGGUUCCAUCGCGGCUCAGCCAGAGAUUCAGUGGGUGGCCACAGCAGGAGCUCUCUUGCACAUGGUGAAGCGAAUAAAAAUUCCAUCAGCUCUGUGGGUUCUGGGAGGUCAGGUCAGCUGGCCUCCCCCUCCCCACACACAUCUGACCAAAACAUGAACGUCUCUCUGGGCAAAUGGUCAAUCACCAAUAUAAGCAGCGGGACUGGCCUGAAUUUGAAAACAGCUGCUAAUAAAUCAAAAGGGGUAGCAGCACUGAACCUGAAUACUUCCAAGCACACCCAGCACGGAACUACUCAGCAUACAUUAAGCUCUCCCAGUGGACAAAAGAAGCCAGAGACCCCUGUGUCAACACCUCUGCAACGAAUGCCCAAUAAUAAAGCAGCUGCCUCAUCUCCCACAAAGAAUGGUCCCCCCAAUCAAGCCUCUGGCCUUCAGCCUCUCAACCUGCAGAGUAUGAACAAAUCUCUGCAAGGCAGUGAUGGAAACGGUACUGUUCCUGCAUCAGGCCUGAGAAGUGCCACGAACCCAGCACGGAAAAUGACUGUAGGGCAGUGUCAAGAGCCUAAUCCAGCUCAGACUCCUGCCACCCCUGGAGGACUCCAGCCCAGAAAGAGUCAGCCAGGGGUUGACAAAGUCAAAGAGACAACUGAAAUGGGUGUUACUGGGGAAAGGCAGGUCACCAGGGCCCAGGGCAGGCUUGAGAAGAGUGGUAUUCAGAACUCUGCUGCAGAGGGCCAAGGAAAACGAGAGCGAUCCGCCUCCAAAGAUGGCAAGAAGGCCAAAAUGAGCGAGAUGAGCACAGGAGAGGAGGGAAGUAGCUCGGACUCUGACCAGGAUUCCUCUUACCGCGGAAACGGUCCAGACCUUUCCAUCUCAGUGCAAAGCAACCAGGACUGGAAGCCCACACGUAGUCUGAUUGAACAUGUGUUCGUCACAGAUGUCACUGCCAAUCUGGUCACUGUAACAGUCAAGGAGUCACCAACCAGUGUGGGUUUCUUCAGCAUCCGCAAUUAUUGACCGCAUACAACAUGCUGCCCCCGCCAAGUGGGCUUCAAAGGGGGGGGGUC